AUGGCUGUCGCAACCUCCCCGAAAACGACGGUCGCAACUAGACAUCCCAAAGACUCACCUUACCAGUUGAACCCCGAUCAGACCCUCAAAGCCUCUCGAGCCCUUCUACAACAUGUCCAAGCCGAAACAAAGCGGUUACAAGAGGCCUCAUCCAAGAAAAGCCUUCUAGCUGCCGAGACGUCCGAGUCCGAAGAAGAUGUGGCCGGAGACGGAGAGGCUCCCAUAUGGCUGACCCUCACCACAAAGCAGCAUAUUGUCGACCAGACUCGAUUAAAGCCCAGCAAGAUUUCAGUCCCACACCCACUCAACACCUCUCCCGAUCUUCGGAUAUGUCUGAUUACCACAGACCCUCAGAGAGCGGUCAAGAAUGUCGUGGCCGAUCCUGCAUUUCCGGCGGAGCUGAAAUCACGCAUUACACGCAUUAUUGGCCUCACGAAACUGAAAGCCCGAUACAAGACUUUUGAUCAGAAAAGGCUGUUGUUGUCGGAGCAUGAUAUAUUCCUCGCGGAUGACCGCAUAAUCACUCGUCUGCCCGCCGUCCUGGGCAAAGUCUUUUAUAAAGGCACCUCGAAACGACCCAUUCCCGUCUCAAUCGCGAAAGUGCAGAAAGACAAGAAAGACAAGAAAGAGACGUCCAAAAAGUCGAAAAAAGAUGAUGGAUCAGCUCCGCCCAUAUCACCGGCAGCACUUGCAAAGGAGAUAGAGAAAGCCAUCGCUGCGGUUCCGGUCAGUUUGAGACCUGGGACGCUGGUAGCCGUGCGUGUUGGCCUCGUCUCCUUCAAACCCGAGCAACUGGCCGAGAACAUUGCUGCAGUCGUUCAAAAUCUGGUUGAGAAGCACGUUGUCAAAGGCUGGAGGAACGUAAGAGGCAUCCAUAUCAAGGGUCAAUCUUCAACGGCUGUGCCAAUUUGGCUGGCCGACGACCUCUGGACCGAAGCCGAUGAUAUUGCUGCCGUUGCAGCGGAAGAUGAGGCAGUCGAGGAUGAUCAAGGUCAGAAACGGAAAAGAAACCCGGAAAGCGCAAAAGGCCCUCAGGUUGGUUCUCGCAAAAAGACCAAGGUCGAAAAGGGCAAGGAUGGCAAGUCGGCAGAGCACGGAUUGACAGAAGCAAGAAAAAGCAAGUUGGCAGCGCAGAAGGCCCGUAUCUUUGGCGAGGAAGUGUAG